AUGGUUCACAGGCACCAUCAUCAUGAGUCUACGAUCCCAGGCGAGAUCCCUGUCCCGCACGGUCCUCCAGACAGCGAUUCUGAGCAUAUCUCAGAUGAGCCUAUCGCAUAUGCUACCGCUGAUGAGCGUCGCAUCUUCAGCCACGUAACCCGUCCAGACGACUCCUACACUGAGGACGGUGUCUACUGGGCUGAUCUGCCACUGGCUCAGCGUUAUCGCUUCGUUUCAAAGGUCGACAACGAUGCUGCCAAGGAGGAGGCCAAGACUGCUUGGUCUAUGUUCAAGGAGGACCCUCUAUCACCUUUCUCGUGGUACUUCCGCCAUGCUGUCAUUCCUGGUGCCGGUCUUGGUCUUGAGGGGUAUGUCCUUUUCUCUAUUGGUAAUCUUGAGCCUCUCUUCAAAGCCGUUUGGCCUGAUUGCUGGGGCAAGGAACCUACUACCUGCUCUCACAAUUGGAUUGCCUCUGUAACAUACCUUGAAAUUAUCGGUAUCAUGGUUGGCCAGGCUGUUGUUGGUGUUAUGGGAGAUUGGGUCGGUCGCCGAUGGGGCCUUAUUCAGGAUGCUGCCAUCAUGUUUAUCGGUCUGCUCAUGCUCACUGCCUCGUGGGGUCUUACCCUUCAAGGCUGGGUUAUCUGUUAUGCCUGGUCUCUCUUCUUCUACGGUUUCGGUGUUGGUGGCGAGUACCCUAUUACAGCAACUUCUUCUCUUGAAGGUGUUUCUUCCGGCGGAAGGAUCUCGACUCGUGAAGAUCGUCUGCACCGUGGUCGCCGUGUCACCACGGCUUUUCUGAUGCAGGGCUGGGGCCAGUUCGUGAACCAAGUCAUCCUCAUUGUUCUUCUCGCCAUCUUCAACAACGGAAAGAGUUCGCCUCCCUACAGCAAGUCAGCUGCCCAGUAUACUUUCCGACUGUCCUUUGCAUUCCCUGCCAUCGGUACGCUCUGGCUACUCUACUAUCGUACUUACCGAAUGCGCAGCGCUGGUAAGCAGCUCGCUGAGGCAAAGAAGCGCUCCAACGUCACUGGCUAUGACGUGAACGCUCUUCGCCACUGCUUUACCAACUUCGGUGGACGUCUCUUUGCUACUGCUGGUACCUGGUUCUGCAACGAUGUCUUCUUCUACGGCAACAAGCUUUUCCAGGGUCAAUUCAUCAAGGUCAUCUCUCCUGAUAGCAAGUCCAUUUUCACUACUUGGACCUGGAACCUGGUCAAUAUCACCGUCUCCCUGGCCGGCUACUAUCUCGCAUCCCUUCUCAUCGACAACAAGAUGUACGGUCGGAAGAUGAUGCAGCAAGUGGGCUUCUUCAUGUGCUUCUUGAUGUUCGUUAUCCCCGCCUUCAAGUUCGACUAUUACACCAGUCCUGCGGGGAUUCAUUCUUUCCAGGCCAUGUACUUCAUCUCGUCCUUCUUUAACCAGUUCGGUCCCAACUCGGUCACCUUCCUCGUGGCUGGCGAGGUAUUCCCCACGCCCAUCCGUGCUACUGCCCACGGCUUCUCCGCCUGCAUUGGCAAAUCCGGCGCUCUUCUCGCUUCCGUCCUUUACAACUACAUUGAUGACCAGACUAAAUUCUACGUCGUCCCAUGGUUCGGUCUCGCUGGCAUGCUCUUGACAUGGAUCUUUCUUCCUGACACUACUGGUCUUGAUCUUAAGGAGCAGGAGCGCCGCUGGUACUACAUUCGGGAUGGCAAGGAGAGUGAGUACCACGGUGUUGCUGUCAACCCUACUCAUUUGUCCCUGUGGGAGCGAUUCCGAGGCCUCGGCAAGAGUUACGACCCCGAGGCUGAUUGGCGGGCCAAGGUCCAGGAUAUGCGUACCGAAUGGGAGCUUGUCCAGGCCAGCCGCGGUCCCAAGGACACUGAAGGUGCCAUGCCCGAUGAUGGCGAGUUCUCGCCAGAGAUUCAUGAAUUCUUCAAGCGCUCUAGCCCCAAGCACAUUGGUCGCCGCGACGAGUCUCUCAUGGUUGACCCAAUUAAUGAGAAAACGGCUGUGCCGUCCGAUGAUUCUAAUUCAAAGUGA